GCGGCGGCGGCGUGUGUGCGCCGGGCGCGGGGGGGCGGGCGCUUCUCCCGCGCGUCCUCGGCUGCCGGCGGGCGAUGCGCUUCCUCCGCUGAAACGCGCCGCGGGCCGAACCGGCAGGAUGACGGUGGAGUUCGAGGAGUGCAUCAAGGACUCGCCCCGGUUCCGGGCAACCAUUGAUGAAGUGGAAACAGAUGUGGUGGAGAUAGAGGCAAAGCUUGACAAGCUGGUAAAGCUAUGCAGUGGGAUGAUUGAAGCAGGCAAAGCCUACCUCACCACGAACAAGCACUUUGUCAGUGGAGUCCGGGACUUGUCGCAGCAGUGCAAGAAGGAUGAAAUGAUUUCGGAGUGCCUCGACAAAUUUGGAGACAGUCUGCAGGAAAUGAUUAACUACCACAUGAUCCUGUUUGACCAGGCUCAGAGGUCAGUCCGGCAGCAGCUGCACAAUUUUGUGAAAGAUGAUGUCCGGAAGUUUAAGGAAACCAAGAAGCAGUUUGACAAGGUGCGAGAGGACAUGGAGAUUUCGCUGGUGAAGAAUGCCCAGGCACCUCGGCACAAGCCCCAUGAAGUGGAGGAGGCAACAGGCACCUUGACCAUAACCAGAAAGUGUUUUCGGCAUCUGGCCCUAGACUACGUGUUGCAGAUCAACGUCCUGCAGGCCAAGAAGAAGUUUGAAAUACUGGAUGCGAUGCUGUCCUUCAUGCAUGCUCAGUACACCUUUUUCCAGCAGGGCUACAGUCUUCUCCAUGAACUAGAUCCCUACAUGAAGAAACUAGCCACAGAGCUGGACCAGCUGGUGAUUGAUUCUGCAGUGGAGAAGAGGGAGAUGGAGCACAAGCAUGCACUGAUACAGCAGAGGACCCUCCUGCAGGACUUCUCCUAUGAUGACUCGAAGGUGGAGUUUAAUGUUGAUGCCCCAAAUGGAGUGGUGAUGGAAGGCUACCUCUUCAAGAGAGCUAGCAAUGCUUUCAAAACAUGGAAUCGGAGGUGGUUCUCCAUACAGAACAGUCAGCUGGUGUACCAGAAAAAGCUAAAGGAUGUCCUCACGGUAGUGGUGGAAGAUCUGCGGCUCUGUACUGUCAAGCCGUGUGAAGAUAUAGAGAGGAGGUUUUGCUUUGAGGUCGUCUCACCUACCAAGAGCUGCAUGCUGCAGGCUGACUCGGAGAAGCUGCGUCAGGCCUGGAUUCAGGCUGUUCAAGCUAGCAUUGCUUCUGCAUACCGGGAGAGUCCUGACAGCUACUAUAUUGAAAGACUGGACCGGACUGCUUCCCCAUCGACUAGCAGCAUUGAUUCUGCUACCGACUCCCGGGAGCGCAGUGUGAAAGGAGAGACCAUCUUGCAGAGAGUGCAGAGCAUACCCGGGAAUGACCAGUGCUGUGACUGUGGUCAGCCGGAUCCUCGCUGGGCCAGUAUCAACUUGGGCAUUCUGCUGUGCAUUGAGUGCUCUGGUAUCCACAGGAGUCUGGGUGUUCACUGCUCCAAGGUCCGAUCUCUCACAUUGGAUUCCUGGGAGCCAGAGUUACUGAAACUGAUGUGUGAGCUGGGGAACAGUACCAUGAAUCAGAUUUAUGAGGCACAGUGUGAAGAGUUGGGACUUAAGAAACCAACAGCAGGGAGCUCCAGGCAGGACAAGGAAGCCUGGAUCAAGGUGAAGUAUGUGGAGAAGAAAUUCCUGAAGAAGCUGCCAAGUGGGGAGACUCUAACAGAGAAUGAGCGGAAACCUCGACGCUGGUGUGUGAAGAAGUGCCAGAGACACAACAGCACCACGAAAGCACCCACAGCUCGUAGAAAGUACCGCCAUGAAGCAGGCAAUGCAUCACCAGCCAUGUUGUCAUCAGCAGCUACACUGGAGAGGAAGUUCCGUCGAGAUUCCCUUUUCUGCCCUGAUGAGCUGGACUCGCUCUUCUCCUACUUUGACACUGGUGCUGGCUCUGGCCCACGCAGUCUGAGCAGUGACAGUGGACUUGGAGGAAGCACGGAUGGCAGCACUGAUAUCCUGGUGUUUGGCUCUGUGGUGGACAGCGUGACAGAGGAAGAGUGCGAGGUGUCAGAGGAGUCAAGCGGUGAAGCAGAGAUUGAACAGGAAGCAUCAGAUUUGGAGGACCUGAGGGAGCUGCAUCCUGGCUUGUUGAUCUACAAGGCAGCACAAGCCCGAAACCUGCCCCUCAUGGCAGAAGCACUCGCACAUGGUGCUGAGAUCAACUGGGUGAAUGAUGAAGAUGAAAACAAAACUCCUCUGAUUCAAGCUGUGAUGGGGGGUUCCUUGAUAGCCUGUGAAUUCCUGCUGCAGAAUGGGGCAGAUGUUAACCAAAGAGAUAGCCGAGGCCGAGCUCCCUUGCAUCAUGCCACAUACCUAGGGCAUACUGGUCAGGUCUGCUUGUUCCUCAAGCGAGGGGCAAAUCAGCAUGCGGUGGAUGGUGACGGGCAGGACCCGCUCAGUAUUGCUGUCCAGGCAGCCAAUGCGGACAUAGUUACCUUGCUGCGUCUGGCUCGAAUGAACGAGGAAAUGCGAGAAGCAGAGGGCCCCUUUGGACAACCAGGAGAUGCUACCUACCUGGACAUCUUCCGGGAGUUCUCUCACAUGGCUUCGAACAACCCUGAGAAACUCAAAAGGAGGAGCCUGCAUUUCAGCCACUCCUGCAGAUAGCCCCCUCCCUCCCUCUGCCAAGACCUUCUGCUGGAAGGUCAAGCUCUGAGCUCCAGGAGCGCAGACCGGCAGAAACGUCUGAGCAGGUUUACGUCUGAGCCAAGCCGAGCUCAGCUACUGAAGAAAGAUAUUCUCUGUUCAGACACGCUUCUGCUAGAAACCUGUGUUUUCCCUGGUGUCUGCCUGUGUGCCCUGACCGGGAAGAUGACAGGCCCUCCAGGGGUGAUUCCAGAAUAAGUAUGCAUUCAGACCGUAGGCUUAGGUCCCAUGCCUUGCGGUACCUGAAUGCAGUUUAAAAUGGGUCAAGCUGAGCUUUUAGCUCUCAAUGCCCUUUCCACAUUGCUAUUCCUGGGAAAAUUUGCCCUUCCUGGGUGUAUGCAAACACUAGCAUUUAGGAUAUUGCAACAGUGCCUGCCCCUAAAAUGAAGUACAGGUAAGUGGUGCUGACCGUUGAGCACGCCAGGAGGAGAGCAAGUCUGAAACGCUCCGAAAACUGAGAAGUGAACGUCGCAGACUUUUAGUUACGCUGCUUUGUGGCGGUGUCACCGGAGCCAGGCUGCUCAGCUCACCAACAGGCAGCGCCUACCGUGCUCUGAGGAGUUACCAGCUUCCCACGAUGGCGUCAGGAUGCAAUUCCCUGUGGCACGAGGCCCUCCGCAUGCAGACGUCCCCUCCUCCCAAAGGAGAAAGGCCACCCAGGACGCAGCACCGAGCCACCACUAAGCCAUAGGGGUCCCAGUCCCAACCAGCCCCCUGCAAAACCUUUGGCAAAACACUUCAUUUUGCUGUGUAACUCACCUCUGAAGAUACCUCCACCGCUGAGUGCUUUGAGACAUUUGGUUUAACAUGGACCAGGAGAUAUAAUACCGAUUCCACGGAGACUUUAUGAGCAAUACGGCAAACAGAAUCUAGCUCUUUCCCUCAGGGGCUCUCUAUCUCCUGCUAGUUGUGCGUCUCAUUGUUAGGAGAGUUGUACUCUUCUGUAAGGCACGGCUUUCAGUAUUAUUUUUGUCAUUUUUAUUAUUGUAUGUCAUAGUUACCAAAAAUAAUAAAAGGUUAUGUGUGGACUAUACAGGUAUAGGCACCAUGACAUAAUAAAGUGUAUUGUCAGAAUGAUAUAUAUAAACUAUGACGUGCUGAAAUGUAAUAUAUCUUAUGGCAGAAGAAAUGCAUUUUUUUGAAAAGGUGGGAGUGAAAAAAAUCUCACAUGCAAACAGUAUCUAUGAAAGGACAAUAAAGACAGGAUUUU